UGGGACUGUGACCUUGAGGACGUGGGGUCAGGAUGGCUCUGGGCAGACGCCUCUCCCUGCGGGGACUCUGUGUCCUCCUCCUCAGCACCGUGGUGGGUGGUCAAGUACUGGAGCUGAGACUGAAGGAUGGAGCCCACCGCUGUGAGGGGAGAGUGGAAGUGAAGCACCAAGGAGAAUGGGGCACAGUGGCUGAUGGCAGCUGGAGCUUGAAGGAUGCAUCUGUAGCGUGCAGACAGCUGGGGUGUGGAGUUGCCAUUGGCAUUCCUAAACAGGCUUAUUUUGGACCAGGAGUUGGCCCCAUUUGGCUUUCAUAUACUUCAUGUGAAGGGGUGGAGUCAACUGUCAGUGACUGUAGGCAUUCUAACAUUAAAGACUAUCGUAAUGAUAGCUAUAUCCACAACUGGGAUGCUGGAGUAGUCUGCUCAGGAUUUGUGCGUCUGGCUGGAGGGGAUGGACCCUGCUCAGGGCGAGUAGAAGUGCAUUCUGGACAAGCCUGGAUCCCAGUGUCUGAUGGGAACUUCACACUCCCCACUGCCCAGGUCAUCUGUGCAGAGCUGGGGUGUGGCAAGGCUGUGUCUGUCCAAGGACAUGAGCUCUUCAGAGAGUCCGAUGGCCCCGUCUGGGCUGAAGAGUUCAGGUGUGAGGGGGAGGAGCCUGAGCUCUCUGUCUGCCCCAGAGUGUCCUGUCCAGGGGGCACUUGUCACCACAGUGGAGCUGCUCAGGUUGUCUGUUCAGCAUACUCAGAAGUCCGGCUCAUGACAAAUGGCUCCUCUCAAUGUGAGGGGCAGGUGGAGAUGAACAUUUCUGGACGAUGGAGAGCGCUCUGUGCCUCCCCUUGGAGUCUGGCCAAUGCCAAUGUUGUCUGUCGUCAGCUCGGCUGUGGAGUUGCCAUCUCCACCCCCGGAGGACCACUCUUGGUAGAAAGAGGUGAUCAGAUCCUAACAGCCCGAUUUCACUGCUCAGGGGCAGAGUCCUUCCUGUGGAGUUGUCCUGUGACUGCCCUGGGUGGGCCUGACUGUUCCCAUGGCAACACAGCCUCUGUGAUCUGCUCAGGAAACCAGACCCAGGUGCUGCCCCAGUGCAACGACUCUAUGGCAGAACCAGCAGGCUCUGCGGCCUCAGUGGAGAGCACCCCUUACUGCUCAGACAGCAGGCAGCUCCGCCUGGUGGACGGGGGCGGUCUCUGCACCGGGAGAGUGGAGAUCCUUGACCAGGGCUCCUGGGGCACCAUCUGUGAUGACGGCUGGGACCUGGACGAUGCCCGCGUGGUGUGCAGGCAGCUGGGCUGUGGAGAAGCCCUCAAUGCCACGGGGUCUGCUCACUUCGGGGCAGGAUCAGGGCCCAUCUGGCUGGACGACCUGAACUGCACAGGAAAGGAGUCUCACGUGUGGAGGUGCCCUUCCCGGGGCUGGGGGCGGCACGACUGCAGACACAAGCAGGACGCGGGGGUCAUCUGCUCAGAGUUCCUGGCCCUCAGGAUGGUGAGCGAGGACCAGCAGUGUGCUGGGUGGCUGGAAGUUUUCUACAAUGGGACCUGGGGUGGUGUCUGCCGCAGCCCCAUGGAAGACAUCACUGUGUCCGUGAUCUGCAGACAGCUUGGCUGUGGGGACAGUGGAACCCUCAACUCUUCUGUUGGUCUCAGGGAAGGUUCUAGACCCCGGUGGGUGGAUGGAAUCCGCUGUCGGAAAACUGACACCUCUCUCUGGCAGUGUCCUUCUGACCCUUGGAAUCACACUUCAUGCUCUCCCAAGGAGGAAGCCUAUAUCUCGUGUGAAGGUAGCAGACAGCUCCGCCUCGCAGACGGGAGCAGUCCCUGCGCCGGGAGAGUGGAGAUCCUUGACCAGGGUUCCUGGGGCACCAUCUGUGGUUACAACUGGGACCUGGACGAUGCCCGCGUGGUGUGCAGACAACUGGGCUGUGGAAAAGCCCUGGAAGCCACUCUCUCUUCUUCCUUUGGCGCGGGAUCAGGGCCCAUUUGGCUGGGCAACGUGAAGUGCACAGGAAAGGAGUCCCACGUGUGGAGGUGCCCUUCCUGGGGCUGGGGGAAGCACGACUGUGAUCAUAGCCAGGAUGCAGGAAUUGUCUGCUCAG